AAGCUUUACGACUAUUUUGGAGGCUGAUUCAAAAUGGAGUAGUAGAGAUUACAUCCUCAACAUCAUACUCUUUAUUCUCCUCUUCUAACAGUUUAAACACAAACAGCUUGUUACUAGUUAGAGAACAGGGAACCUCUGCAACAUGACAGAAGAGAAGAAGUCCGGCUCGCUGGGUUUCUUUUCGAGCUACGACGACCUGAGCGACAGCAGCGAUGGCAGCGACUCGGACGAGGAGGCAGAGAGUCGGAAGAAGAAAGCCGGGACUGAAGCAGCUGCUGGCGGCGGAGGAGGAGCGCAGUCCUCUGGACACGGGACCAAGCGAGCCGCCGGAGGAGCUCCGCUACCGCUACCCAAACCAGACGAGCUGUUCGGCUCCGUGUCCAAACCGGCUUUCCUCUACAACCCGCUGAACAAGGAGAUCGACUGGGAGAGUCUCACGGUCAAACCUCCAGAGGAGCCUGCCAGAGAGUUUAAGCCAUGGAAGACAAACGCUGUUCCCCCUCCUGAGAGCUACACCGCAGAGCCAGAGAGGAAGAAGGGACCUCCCCCAGGCAUGGACAUGGCUAUCAAGUGGUCCAAUGUGUAUGAAGACAACGGGGAAGAUGCACCACAACCGUUCACUGGCAACGCCCGGUUCUUACCCACAGAGGAGGAACCCUCCGGAUCAGAUGAGGAAUCAGAGAAGCAAGACCUGUCUGGCAAGAAACGUCGAGUGGAGACCUUCCAGCAGAAGGAGAAGAGGAAGAGGGACAUGGGACAAGCGACCUCCGACAAGAAUUUCGUAGAGGAGGAGAAAAGGAUCCUCAGGCAAAAUAUUGAUUGAGGCCUAAAGUCUCUUGCUACAAGGAAUUUGUUUCUUAUUUAAAUAUUUUAUGUCAGCCGAGAACGCUCACAGAUAUUAGCACAAUGGUCAAGUAGGUGGUGUGCUGCAAACAUAAACAGGCAUUUUACCUAUAUAUUGACAUCAUUUGCAAUAUUACGAUAUUUGUUGUGUUUUCAAAGGACUGUCAGCACACUU